CCGAGCCGGGGCGGGCAGCGCGCGGAGUGCGCACCAGUCGCUUCCCUAUCGGGGUAGUGCGAGGAGGGGGGAGCGGCGAGGAGCGAAAGGGCUCCUUGAGUGGCGGAGCGGGAGGCAGCGCGGCCUGGCCCCGCGGAAGGAUACCGGGCCGCGCGCCGCCGCGUGCCCGCAGCCGCUGCCUCAUCGCGGAGAUGGUGUUCUGAUACUGAAUACUGAGAACAGUGAUUUUCCCUACCAAGUACCUAACUGCCAUAAAUGUGAGAUCUGUUUACUGUCUUUUCCAAAAGAGACCCAAUUCCAGCGCCAUAUGAGGGAUCACGAGCAAAAUGACAAGCCUCACCGGUGUGACCAGUGUCCAAUGUCAUUUAAUGUUGAAUUCAACUUGACGCUUCACAAAUGUACUCAUAAUGGUGAAGAACCUACGUGUCCUGUGUGCAACAAGAAGUUCUCCAGAGUUGCCAGUCUGAAAGCUCAUAUAAUGCUACAUGAGAAAGAAGAGAACCUUAUCUGUUCAGAGUGUGGAGAUGAAUUUACUUUACAAAGUCAGCUGACCUUACACAUGGAAGAACAUCGUCAAGAAUUGGCAGGCAGUAGGAUCCACAGCUGCAAGUCUUGUAAAAAGGAAUUUGAAACUUCCUCACAGCUAAAGGAGCAUAUGAAAACUCACUACAAAAUAAGAGUAUCAAAUACCAGAUCUUAUAACAGAAAUAUUGACAGAAGUGGGUUUACCUAUUCCUGUCCGCACUGUGGAAAGACAUUCCAGAAGCCAAGUCAGUUAACACGACAUGUUAGGAUACACACAGGUGAAAGACCUUUUAAAUGCAGUGAAUGUGGAAAAGCCUUUAACCAGAAGGGGGCAUUGCAGACUCAUAUGAUCAAGCACACUGGUGAAAAACCCCAUGCUUGUGCCUUUUGUCCUGCAGCCUUUUCUCAGAAAGGCAAUCUUCAGUCACACAUACAGAGAGUUCAUUCAGAGGUGAAGAAUGGCCCUACAUACAACUGUACAGAAUGUAGCUGUGUCUUCAAAAACUUGGGUAGCUUAAAUACACAUAUUAGCAAGAUGCACAUGGGUGGUCCACAGAAUUCUGCAAGCUCUUCAACAGAUGUAUCACAUGUUACAGCGGACUCUGUCACCCAACCUUUAACAACAUCUCCUGCUAAUCUUUUGCAACCUGUUGAUAACAAAUGGAAGAAUGCCACGCAUUUUCGGUCUCCACUUCUUCAACAGACAGAAAACCAAGUGUCUUCAGGUUCUGCACAUCAAGGUCAGCAGGCUGUAACUGAUGUCAUCCAGCAGCUGCUUGAGUUAUCAGAACCAGGUCCUGUAGAAAAUAACCAGCCUCAACAACCUGGUCAACAACUCAACAUUGCAGUGGGUAUCAAUAGGGAUAUUUUGCAGCAAGCUUUAGAGAACAGCGGGUUGUCUUCGAUUCCUGUCACUGCACAUUCUACUGACUGCAGCCAGGCUAAGACUCCUCGGGCCCAAGAUCAGAACCCAGAUGUACAGACUCUCUCAAAUCAUCAAGCUGACUCUAAUGCAGAACAAGAUAAGGAACAGGAGAGCACAGAUAAACUGGAUAAAAAAGAAAAAAAGGUUAUUAAGAAAAAAUCACCGUUUUUACCUGGUUCUGUACGUGAAGAAAAUGGAAUCAGGUGGCAUGUUUGUCCAUAUUGCUCUAAAGAAUUCAAAAAACCAAGUGAUCUAGUGCGCCACAUACGCAUUCAUACCCAUGAGAAGCCGUUCAAGUGUCCUCAGUGUUUCCGCGCCUUUGCAGUUAAGAGUACUCUCACAGCACAUAUAAAAACACAUACUGGCAUUAAAGCUUUUAAGUGCCAAUUUUGUAUGAAAUGCUUUUCCACCUCAGGGAGUUUGAAAGUCCACAUUCGCCUACAUACAGGUGUUAGGCCUUUUGCUUGUCCUCAUUGUGACAAAAAGUUCAGAACAUCGGGCCACAGAAAAACUCAUAUUGCUUCACAUUUUAAACAUACUGAACUAAGAAAGCUGCGACAUCAACGUAAACCUGCAAAAGUUCGAGUAGGAAAAACAAGUGUUCCAGUACCAGACAUCCCGUUGCAAGAGCCCAUACUCAUAACUGAUUUAGGUCUCAUCCAGGCCAUCCCAAGGAAUAGCCAGUUCUUCCAAAAUUACUUUAACAAUAAUUUUGUGAGUGAUGCAGACAGACCAUACAAAUGUUUUUAUUGCCAUCGAGCCUAUAAAAAAUCUUGUCAUCUUAAACAACACAUCAGGUCACAUACUGGUGAAAAGCCAUUUAAGUGCUCUCAGUGUGGAAGAGGUUUUGUGUCAGCUGGAGUUCUGAAAGCACAUAUUAGAACACACACUGGAUUGAAAGCUUUUAAGUGUCUUAUAUGCAACGGGGCCUUCACUACUGGUGGUAGCCUCAGGCGACAUAUGGGGAUCCAUAACGACCUUCGACCAUAUAUGUGUCCGUAUUGUGAAAAAACAUUCAAAACAUCACUAAACUGUAAAAAACACAUGAAGACUCAUAGAUACGAACUUGCACAGCAACUCCAGCAGCAUCAACAGUCUGCUUCGAUAGACGAUUCUACAGUAGACCAGCAGAGCAUUCAUGUUUCUACACAGAUGCAAGUGGAGAUAGAAAGUGAUGAGCUACAGCAGUCAGAAGCUGUUGCAACAGAUCAGCCGACUAUUUUAGAGUUAGACCAGCAGCCAGUAGUAGGCACAGAAGAAACAGCACUAGAACAAUUGGCUGAUCAGCCUUUAGAGCAAGAUGAAGAUAGGUUUGUCACAUCCCAGCAUGCUUUACAGGAAAACAUCACUCAAUUUGAACAACAAGCUAUAACACAGCAGCCGUUUGAUCAACAGGGCUUAUCACAAGGUUUUACAGUGAAUGACAGCUACAAUCCACAGACUCAAUUUCCAGCUGUACAGCAGUUGCAGGAUUCAAGCACACUUGAAUCUCAGGCUCUUUCAACGAGUUACCAUCCACCAGCUCUUCUUCAGGUUCCAAACACAGACACUAUUAAUGUAGCUGCUCGCUUGAUACAAGAUCAGUCGUCGCAAGAAGAACUUGAUUUGCAUACCCAAAGGCCUAAUUUCCUUGAGGAUAAUGAAGAUCAAAGCAGGCGUUCAUAUAGAUGUGAAUAUUGUAACAAGGGUUUUAAGAAAUCCAGCCAUUUGAAACAACACGUACGAUCUCAUACUGGUGAGAAACCUUAUAAAUGCCAACUCUGUGGCCGUGGCUUUGUUUCCUCAGGAGUUCUUAAGUCACAUGAGAAGACUCAUACAGGAGUUAAAGCAUUCAGCUGUAGCAUUUGCAAUACCUCCUUCACAACUAAUGGCAGCCUUACGAGGCACAUGGCAACUCACAUGAGCAUGAAGCCUUACAAGUGCCCGUUCUGUGAUGAAAGCUUUCGAACAACUGUUCACUGCAAAAAACAUAUGAAAAAACAUCAGGCAAUCUCCUCAGCUGUAGCAGCAGCUACAGAAACAGGAGGAGGAGUUGCAUGUGUUGAAGAUGAUGAUGAAAACUCUGAAAGAACGUCCAGAAAAUCUCGUCCUGGUGUCAUAACUUUUACAGAAGAAGAAACGGCAGAACUGGCAAAGAUUAGGCCUCGAGAAAGUGCCACUGUCUCAGAAAAAGUUCUUGUCCAGUCUGCUGCAGAGAAAGACAGAAUUAGUGAGAUCAAAGAUAAGCAAGCAGAACUGGAAGCAGAGCCCAAAUAUGCCAACUGUUGUAGUUAUUGCCCCAAAAGCUUUAAAAAACCCAGUGAUUUAGUCAGGCAUGUUCGUAUCCAUACUGGAGAGAAGCCAUAUAAAUGUGAAGAAUGUGGAAAGAGUUUCACUGUAAAAUCCACUCUAGAUUGUCAUGUUAAAACGCACACAGGUCAGAAGCUCUUCAGUUGUCAUGUAUGCAGUAAUCCUUUUUCUACCAAAGGAAGUCUAAAAGUCCACAUGCGCCUGCAUACAGGAGCAAAGCCCUUUAAAUGUCCACACUGUGAUUUACGGUUUCGUACUUCAGGGCGCAGAAAAACCCACAUACAAUGUCAUUAUAAACCAGAGACAAAGAAAGCUAGGAAACCAGUUGCACGUACGUCAGCUGAGGGACUACAACCAGUCAGCCUUAUUAAUUCAUCCUCAACAGACCCUAAUGUUUUCAUCAUGAAUAACUCCAUUUUGACAAGUCAGUUUGAUCAAAAUUUACUUCAGCAAGGACUUGUGGGACAGGCUAUCCUGCCUGCUUCAGUGUCAGCUGGAGGUGACUUAACUGUGUCCUUGACAGAUGGUAGCUUGGCCACUCUUGAAGGCAUACAGUUACAACUUGCUGCUAAUCUGGUUGGACAAAAUGUUCAAAUUUCUGGAAUAGAUGCCACCAGUAUUAACAACAUAACAUUACAGAUUGAUCCCAGCAUUCUACAGCAGACGUUACAGCAGAGUAAUGUACUUGCUCAGCAGUUAACUGGAGAUCCCAGUAUGGCUCCACAGAAUCCCUCCCUCCAGGCAGCAGAAAAUGCAGUGCCAGCUAAUGUGGUUAUUCAGCCUAUAUCAGGCCUGUCUUUGCAGCCCACAGUAACAUCAUCUGCCAACGUGACAAUAGGAUCCCUAUCAGAGCAAGAGUCUGUGCUGACAACCAGUGCUAAUGGUGCACAGGACAUCUCUCAAGUCAUGACUUCACAGGGUAUGGUGUCAUCUUCAAACGGGCAACAUGAGAUAACACUGACCAUAAAUAAUUCUAGUUUGAGUCAAGUUCUGGCUCAUGCUUCAGGUUCUACUACGACAAGCUCAUCAGGAAGUCCUCAAGAAAUCACUCUUACAAUAUCUGGCCAAGAUCUUAUACAGCAUAAUUCUGGAAGCAAUGAUCUGAAUAGUGGCUUAAGGCUGACAGCACCAACCAUCAGCAGCCAGACUACAGGUGCUACAUUAACUAUAAGCAAUGACCAGCUUCUUUCUCAGAGCACUUCACUAAAUGCUACAGAACUUAAUACAUCAAGUGGAACAAACCUUCCUUCAGCAACACCUAUAUCUCAGUCAACAGUUUCUGCCCAGAAUUUGGUAAUGUCCUCAUCAGGAGUUGGGGGAGAUGGUAGUGUCACCUUGACUCUUGCUGACACUCAGGGAAUGUUGUCAGGUGGUCUUGAUGCAGUUACACUUAAUAUCACUUCACAGGGUCAGCAGUUCCCUGCUAUACUAACAGAUUCCAGUCUCACUAGCCAAAGUGGAUCAGGCUCGCAGCAAGUCAUACUGGUGAGCCACACACCCCAUUCAGCAUCUGCAAACUCUGAUGAAAUAACAUAUCAGGUGACAGAGGUUUCUCCUAACGUGACUAAAAGCGGUCAAGCAGAAAAAGAAAGUCGCGUGCACCAGUGCUUUGAGUGUAGCCAAACCUUCUCUUCAGCCACCAUGCUGAUGCACCAUAGUAAAGAGGUUCAUGGCAAGGAAAGAAUACAUGUCUGCCAUGUCUGCAAUAAAGCCUUUAAGCGAGCAACACAUCUCAAGGAACACAUACAGACCCAUCAAGCUGGACCUUCACUGAGUUCCCAGAAGCCUAGAGUAUUUAAGUGUGAUACUUGUGAAAAAGCUUUCGCUAAGCCAAGUCAGCUGGAAAGACAUAGCCGCAUCCACACAGGGGAACGACCAUUUCAGUGUACGCUGUGUGAAAAGGCUUUUAACCAGAAGAGUGCUCUUCAAGUCCAUAUGAAAAAGCACACAGGAGAGAGGCCUUAUAAAUGUGAUUACUGUGCAAUGGGAUUUACACAGAAAAGCAAUAUGAAACUGCAUAUGAAACGGGCUCAUGGUUACGCUGGUCCUGUACAAGAGCCUGCCAGUCAUCAAGAACAAGAAGGGGAAGAUAUUAGUCGUGCUCUGAAUUUAGAAGAAGUGGUACAAGAAUCUUCAAAUGAGUGGCAAAGUAUAGGCAAUGUUUUUCGAUGACACCUUACAAUUUGAAAGCUAAAAGUGUUUCUAGGACUCAAAUUUCUCUAACCAAGUUUUCAGUAAAGUAAAAGGUGGAUUUUUACAGUUGAAGCUUCAAACAUUGAAAAUAUUAACAAUAGAAUAAUAUAUUAUAGUUUUUUUAAUUAUUUACAAAAGAUGCCUAAAGGAAUUGUUCUCUUUUUAAGCUUCUAGAGGAGUAUUGGGAAAACAUCAUUUAAUCUGUGCUAACUUGUCUGUGAAUCAAUGAACUCAGGUAAUACUGUAUACAGUCUCAUCUUCGAAUUCACAGCCAGUAUAUCUAUUUGAAAAAUAAACUGGAACUUUAUAUCAGAAUAGAAUGAUACCCAUUUUUAAAGGAGAAGAAGAACAAUUUCAUGGGAAAACCAUGGAACUGUUGGUCAGCUUUCUUUUUUACACAUUUAGAGAAAUAGUUGAGGUUGGAAACAAUGUUACAGAGUAGAGGCAUGCAGUAUAAAAUAGUUUGGGGGUUUGGGUUUUUUACAAGGCAGAGGAAAAUACUGUAUUUCUGGUUUAAGCUUUUUUUUUUAGUAUGCUUUGAGAAUUUGCCAUGAACUUAUGGCUUUUCUUGAGUUAAACUCUUGAGAGGGAGCAUGUUCAUUUCCAUUCCGAUGGCAGAGGCAGUUACUUGUUAGGUUUCAUGUUAAAAGUCUGAGGUUUUAAACUCAGCAAUAAUUAUUUCAAGAGAAUCUAAACUAGAAGAGGUUUCAAUGAAAGCCUCUUCUUCUGUGUUUGCUGUAUUGGAUCAGCAGGUGCAUAUCUCGGUAUCUGUGGAAAAGUCAUAUACUAAACCUGGGAAGUAAACAUGAAAUUUUGUUUUAGCAACAAGAAAGUUAGAUGCACACUAGGUCGACUAUAUUAUACUGUAUUCCCCAAUGCUGUAAACAGUUACAAUUUCAAAUCUGUAAAUUCCUCAUUAUUUUCUUCGUGGAUUUUGGAAAAAUGUUAAUGGUAUUUGUUGUUGUUUAAGCCAUUGUUUCAGCAAACUACCUUGUUCACUACAUAAUGCUUUGAAAGGUGCCACUUGUUAAGUAUUUUCUUGACAAAGAAACACUGGAGUAAAAUCAGUCAUCUUUUAGACAUUCCAAAGACAGAAGCUCUUUUCUUAUUUUUACCUUGUUCUUUUGAAUUUUAUUUAUAUGUUACAUAUAUACAGAUGUUACAUAUAUAUAGAUAUAUAUAUAUGUGUGCUUGUAUGUAUAUAUAUGUAUUUAAAGUUAUAUGAGCCUCUGUGUGGCUGAUGAGUAUAUUUUGUAAAUACGAAUUCCCGUUGCAGGACAUUCAUCUUUUUGGCUUGCCACAAAUACUUCUAGAUCAGUGGUGGAUUUGCUGUACUAUAAUGUAAAGGUGGAUUUUAAUUUACUUUCUGAAAGUAAUUGCUCUCAGAUCCAAAAAUUGCUCUCAGAUCCUUUUCUGUAAAUUUUGUCUAUACUUUGUCUAUGAUACGAACUAGCUAUUUCGGAUUGCUGAAGCAAGAAAUCACUGUUGGUUUUGAUAGGGCAUCUCUCAAAUCUUUUGUUAUCCCUUUGGCAUAUGUAUAUAAGUAAUAUAGUUGGUGACAUGGAAAUAACACUUUUGUUAUGUGGAAUAUUUAAUUCAAAAACAUGUCAAAUAAUAUUGUUUUUUUUCCAAAUUCUGUUUCAUGUAUUUUUUUAAGCAUUUGAUUCUGGAUUCUAGGAAAUUGUAAGAACUCCCAUUUACCAGAAGCACACGUCUCAGUACUGUACGUAAAGGAUGUAUGUGAAAUUCUUCUAGCAGUGCCUUGCCUUCCAGUCUGUUAGUGUUUCAGCUGUUUAAGAAAGACAUUAUUUGCAAUUGUCUGAAGGCAACUGGCCUCAUGGCAUUUGUUUACCUGUUUACCAGUAAUAGUACAGUAGAAUGUACUGCGUUCCAUGUACUGUGGAUAAACCCUGCUCCCUGCUCUUUUAGAGAUCACUAAGUGCACAACAAGGUUUGUUGGGGUUGAUUUGUUGCAUAGGGGAUCACACUCUCCAGAGGUGGCCAAAUACAGUUUGACAUAAGCUGAUUUACAGCUGCUCGCAUUGCGAUGCAAAUUCAUCCUUCAUAAUGGGAAUAUGAUUCCUGAAUUCUUGAAAGCGUUCAGUCUGCUCUGCCUGUGGUUGCUUUGCCAGCAUGUAAACAAUGCUAGUGGUUGAUACUUGGUGAGCAUGUGCUAAUAGCAGAUCUCAUGAGUAAAAAGAUGUGAUUUUUAAAUGGUCACUUCUCAAAGCGUGAUGUCUGUUAGAGGCAGUGUGUGUGGUGUAAGUCUUAUAAGUGUUAAAUAAGCUGCAUGAGUUAGGAGUCACACAGUAUUUCUCCUGAACUCUAUUUGCUACUCUUUUAGCACUCGGAGUCCUGUCAGUUACAGUAAACAGAUUUUUAAAGAAACUUUUUUUGUAACGUGGUAUUUGAUUUGCUUUUCUGCAUCUUCCUCCCCCGUGAACUACUCAAUUCACUUUUGGAUAUCCUGACAUAAGGCUUAUCAUAACCCAGGUUCCUUGUUAAGACUGAGUUGAUGCUCGGUACAAAUACAGAUGGUGUAACCAGUAUGCUGAUUUCAAAAGCAAUGUUGAAGUAGAUGUGCUUUUUUAGGAAGCAGAAAAAAGUCUUGUUCUAAGGCCUGUUUGAAGAGUCACAUGGUACGGUGGGGCAAUGAACAGUGCUUACAAAUGCCUCUUCUUUCUGGUUUCAUGCAGUGCUAGCCUUAUGCUAGCCUCGGGCUUUUUGGCUUGUGUCUGCUUAAGUAUUUCUUUUCAUUUACAUCCAUUCCUUCAGUACAAGAAAUUGCACGCUGCCAGUACGGUUUUUGCAUUCUUGUUUCAGGAAAAAUCCUUAGCUUACAAACCAAAUAGGCCUCUGUUUUUUUAGCUAAACUGCUAGUGAGUAAUUACAAGAAUAGUCUUAAGUUUUAAUCUCUUUUUGAGAGGCUUGUGUUGCUAAAAUAGUGCUCUAAAGUACCGUACCUUUUCUUCUGUAGAAAGCAAAUCCAAAAAAGCCACUUCCAGCCUCUGGAAAAGAUGACUGAGGGGAAAGCAAAGUGAUGAAGGCAAGGAAGAAACUUUGGACAAGUUCUGUAGUUCUGCAGUGUAGUAUUUUGAAAGAUGUAUUUCUCAGGGGUUUGUUUUUUUUUUUUAACCUUAAAUAUUCUUUCCCAUUUUUGAAGGCUGCUUUCAAAAAUAACUUGAUUUUUACACAUGCUUUCAAAGAAGAUACUCUGUGCUCUACUUAUUUAUGAAGACUGGGAUUUCAUUCUCUGUACAAAGGCAUUUUAUACCUUGCAAUACACCCCUGCCUUUAGCUGCCACUCCACAGGGACAGUAGCCUCCCAUAAAUCUUGUCAUAUGGUAAGCCUUGUGGGCCACGCUAAGUCACUAGCAAUGUCACUUGAAGCUUGUGUGCAGGCAACUGAGUCUUUGGACCCAAAAUGUCGUUCUCUAGUAUCGGAGCGUCAUUCCUUAGUUGUGAAAAAAAACACAGAUCUUUGAUCUUCUCUGUAAAAGAUGAAAGUAGUCCACAUUUCAUUUCAAGUUGAUUACUUUAUUUCAAUACUGAAUAUUUUUAAAAGCUGUGUUCCUAUAAGAACAAUACGUAUUCGAAUUAAAUCAACUAUUAGGUUGCAGAGUAUACAUCUGAAUGAAGCUACAAUAGAAAAAUACACAUAGCAACCGAUGUAGGUAAUAGAAGAUGUAAUACGUGUGUGUAUGCUUAAUAGUUUUGGUGGGUUUUUUUUUCUUUAGUCUCUAUGUAUUUUCUAUCCUCUCAUCUUUCAUUGCUUCAUAUUAAUGGACACUGAUUUAAACCUACAAUAGAUUCAGAUGUGAAAUGCAAUUAACUUACAUAUUUAUAGGUAACUUUUACAGGACACUUAUUAGGAAUGCAGUUUCAGCCAGGGAAGCAUUAACUGUAGUCUACAAUGCAUAAGCUAAAACUAAAAGAAUAAAAUAAUUAAUCAGACGCUUUGACAGAUGGAAGAAGUGGUAAGUUUAAGUAAUAAACCAGUGCAAUUCAGAAGAGCCUUUUAUUUCUCUAAGUGUGGUUGGAAGUAUCAUUGCCACACAUUCAUUUUAGUAAUUUGUGAACAAUUAAUAUGUAAAUCUAACUUGUCUAUAAUUAAUUUCUAUAAGGCAACUACAGUACAACAGUUAAAUGUUCACAGUACUUUACUAUGAGUUUGCUUUGGUGCACUGCUCUUAAAAGGCAUCGAGAUGUUACACAAGCAAAAGGUGAGCUGAUGAAAUGUAACACUGCUGCAAUACCAAGAGAAACAUUUGAAAUGCUGAUGCUAGAUGUGCAGGACUAUCUGUGAUGGCAAUACCGAAGGGCUCUCUUCCAGAAAUUAGACUUGCUUU